AGCUUCCAAGAAGAACGAACAUCAAGUGGUUGCCGCACCGUGUUGAUUCGUCUGCCGGGGGCGGGGAUGAAGAAAUAGUGACGGAGCUGCAGUAGAAGCACCACCGACCACCAGCAACGGCCAGCUGCGGUUGCUGUCACGAGCAGGACGAGUGCAGCAUUGAGAUACGCACCAGGUACGGACAGAGACGGGAUUUGCGAUAAUUAUAUGACCAUAAUUCUGUUCCUGUGCGCAAACGACCGAAACGCGAGCGCGACGAGUUGAAUUCGACGCCUUUUCCAGUGGCAACAGUUCUGCGAUGUUGUCUACUGUGCGUGGUCAACAUGCGGGUCAUAUGGAUAAGCAGUGCUAGCCCUCGUCCCGCGCGCGCACCGAAGCGGUUUAUUAAAUUGCACUAGUACGGCUCCACUCCGACCAACUGCAAGCUGUGGCUCGGCUUCGAUGCCGCUCCGUAGCGGCGCUCUACAUAAUAUCGUCUGUUCGCUUUGAUGAAGCAAAGUUCCGGUUCUUGACGGGAGUUGGGGCCCUUUUACGCGUACUUCGAGCAGAAGUAGGUGACUGGAUUCCAACGUAAUAAAUUAAACGUCCUCCUUCUCGAUGACGUGAAACGAAAGUCGUGCUUGCGCGGCCCCGAUAUUCUUGGAGCGCAUCAACAGCAGGUUUCGAUAUAAGUAGAUACGUCACUAUUUCUGACGACGUCCCCAGCAGGACUUCAAGUUUUCCCCAAUAAGAAUGCAGCAGCAACAAAAACUCAACUUUUCCCACCCCCGUUCUAUCGUCCUUUUUACCACCUACGCAUUUCUACUGGCACUUCUUUGCGCAAUGAAAGCCAAUGGCAGCAGCUUGAUUUUUGUCCACUUGCGGGAGCCAGUAGAUAGAUACUACCCCGAACCUUGUGUGCAUCUUGUUCCAACGUCGACCCGUCGUGCUGUUCGACUCGUUAGUUCUACUUGUUUCUCGAGUCGCACAGUAGUGCAUCAUUUUGAUCAAAAUUACAGAAGUUUUGGUUUUUUUUUCACAACGGCGGGAAAGCCAUCAGAUCAUGUAAUUCUCA